AUGGCGAGAUCAGUUUCCCGACCUCGUAAAAGCGCGUCGAAGUCGCCGGCACGUGUGAAAAAGAUGAUGUCGUCACCAAAAUCUGAACCGAAGAAGAAAAAGUCCGAAAAAAUCAAAGUGAAGUCCAGGUCAAGAUCAGCUAGUAAGGGACGUAAAGGGAAACUAAUGAAAUCGAAAUCUCCGAAGAAGAGCAAGAGCAUCAGCAGAUCGAGAUCUCGUCCACGUCCGAUAAAGAAAUUCUCUCCGCUGAGGAGGAUGUCUUCGCCAGGAAAGCAGGAAGAUGCGAAGAAACCAGCACCAGCGAAAACGCCGUCAGUGAAAACUCCAACAACAAAGACUCCAGUAGUGAGGAAAAGCUCAACGAGAUCAACUGCUGCUCCAGCUCCAAAGACACCAUCAGUGGACUCCUCAUCGACCAGCGCUUCAAGUGUGCGUCCUUCACGUAGCGUUGAAAAGAGGACCUAUACGUCAACGCCUUUCGACUACGAAAUGCGUCAACGGUUCUUGCGACCCGAAAGCUCUAGCCGAUCUCCCGUCAAGAUCACACCGAAGAAAUCCGCACCGUCUGCCUGCACUGGAUUGUACAACCGCACUUGUGGAACAGUCUAUGCUGCUGGCCGCACAGUCUACGGUGCCUCUCGUGCUGCUUACCGAUCAGUGGUAUCAAAUCGUCGCGAAAUUCUCGUAACGCUGGCUCUACUGGGACUCGUUACUCUCAUUACAUACUUUAUUCUCUAUAGCGAUCCUGCAAAAACCCGCGCCUUCAUUCACUCAAUCCCUGGCAGGGUUAAGGCGUGGUACCACAGACAAGGUUUUGUCCGUAAGUGA